AGAGAUAUCAUCAAAAGCGAAGGAGAAUUGCUGUAGUAAAUAUGUAGUAUAAAAAUUUUGUGAACGAAAGGCAACAAGACAAUUAAGCAUAAUAACAAAUAAAAAACGCAGCCGAAUUUAUUUAUUUAUAUAAUAAAUUUUUGCCAUUUUGUUAAAAUUUUGCAAAAUCUGAAAUAGAAAUAAAUUUCUUCAAAAGUGUGUACUAAUAGCAGAAUGCAAUGUGCUACUAAUUGUUAAAAACUAUUUGUCGAUUAUAAUAAUUUCUAACGAUUCGAAAAUAAAGCCCUAAAAUAUCCAAGCCAAGUGAAUUCGCAGCUGUUUUAGCGUAACAUUUUCAUUUAGAACGAAGCAGCAGAGAAGUGAGUUACCAUACAGUGGAUGUAUGUAAAUAAAUGCAUGUAAUUGUAACAAUUGUGGCAAUAAUAAAAUUAACGCGUCAAAUAUCGUGAAAACAUUGUGACAUCGGCAAACGCGUAAUUUAACAAACUCUGAAACGGUCCAAGUAAAACUGCCUGCCAAGCGAACAACAAAAUCGGGAACAUGGUUGGGUUUACAUAGCGUAGAAUACGAACGACGCUUGCCAAAGUAGCAAGAACGAUAGUGAAAACAAAAUAACAACAGUGAAAAAUACAACCAAUAUAACACCGCAGCCAACGUGUAUAAUUAAAAUGAAGUGAAAAAGUAAAAUACCAAAAUUUUUGUUGUUAAUUACCGCAAUUUGUAUUAACAGCUUCUGGUUUUGGCUUGACAAUGGCGCAGAUGCUGGUGGUAGUUUACUGCCGCUUGCUUCCGGCACGCAUAUAACCAUUGCAGCUGGUGAUGCCAUCGCACACACAUUCACUAUCGAAAUGCGUGGUCAAAGUCACUAUCACGAUGGUAGUGGAGGAGGCGGAGGAGACAGUAGUGGCAGUUUGGAUAAUAUGAAUUUGGAGAAUAUGGAUAUGCAUGCCUUUGAUCAUGAUGCUGGUAUGAGUGGUGUACCAGAAGAGUCAGAGGAACGCGAUCAUAUCGCGCCACAUUUUGAGAUGAAACAUUACGAAGAGUUGCUCGAGGAUAUUAGAGAUGACGCAUCUACGAAUUUAUUACCUGAAAAAGAUUUACCAAAAUUUGGUGAGCCAUUACAAAAUGUCACGGUAGUAGUGGGGCGAGAGGCGGUGCUGCAAUGUGUUGUCGAUAAUCUGCAAACCUAUAAAAUUGCGUGGCUGCGCGUCGACACACAAACAAUACUGACGAUACAAAAUCACGUUAUAACGAAAAAUAACCGAAUGAGUAUAACCCAUGCUGAGAAACGUGCUUGGAUAUUGAGAAUACGUGAUGUGAAGGAAGCGGACAAAGGCUGGUAUAUGUGUCAGAUCAAUACGGAUCCGAUGAAAAGUCAAGUUGGUUACCUUGAUGUUGUAGUGCCACCGGAUAUUCUCGAUUAUCCCACCAGCACGGACAUGGUGAUACGAGAGGGCGCGAACGUUACGUUGAAAUGUGCAGCAGUUGGCUCACCAACACCGACCAUAACGUGGCGUCGUGAAGGUGGUGAGCCCAUACCGCUGCCCAACAAUACCGAAGUCAUCGCCUACAAUGGCUCCUACCUGACGAUCACUAAAGUACAACGCCUUAAUAUGGGUGCAUAUUUAUGCAUCGCCUCGAAUGGCAUACCUCCAACGGUCAGCAAGCGUGUACUGUUGGUUGUGCACUUUCCGCCAAUGGUUUGGAUACAAAAUCAGCUAGUCGGUGCUGCCACCGGCCAAAACAUAGCACUUGAGUGUCAGUCAGAGGCGUAUCCAAAGUCUAUAAAUUACUGGACGAAAAAUUAUACGAUCAUUGUACCAGGCGAGCACUUUGCAUCUGAAACUUUUGAAAGUGGCUACAAAAUUCCUAUGCGUUUAACCAUAACAGAUGUUGACACAUCGGAUUUCGGUUCUUACCGUUGUGUGGCGAAGAAUUCUCUUGGUGAUACGGAUGGCACAAUUAAACUCUAUCAUAUUCCGCAAACAACGACAGUAACCACAUUAGCACCCACGGUGGCUCUAAAUACCGUGCCAGUAGUGGUUACGAAAUACAACAACAAAGAUCAACGUUUCAGUAAAAAAAUUCACCGCACAAAAUCGAAUGUUGCAGAUAUUUCAUCGUCAUCAUCAUUGAACAAUGUUUAUAUUGGUGCCACAUCGAGCUUAUGGAAUUCACAAGAUCACGGCACAGGGAGUGAGCAUAAUCAAUCCUUACCUUGUAAACCCGAAAUGACGUAUAAUGUACUCUGCGGCACAAAAUCAGCUGACCAACUGGUUUCACCUACAGUGGAUUCUUCAAGCGCCUUUUCUUCCAAUCAUAAUUCACAUCGUAAUGCAGUUUGCUGGGCGUUUCUCUUUCACCAAUUAUACAAGUUGUUUAUAUGGCCCGAACGUCUGCGAAAAUCGACUUAUUACUUGAUAUAAAAUAUAAACGAAAGUAUUCAGCAUUACAGUAGCAGGAUAUCAAAAUGCGACAACUUCAGCUAAUGUAUCUCUGGAAGUAUACAUAUGAGAAGAUAAAUCAAAGAUGCCUUGGAAGAUAUGAAGUAUUAAUACAAGUAGUAAGAAAAUAAGAGGAAAACUAUGGUGCAUUUAUAAUAAUACGUGGAGAAAUAUUUUAUUCCCAUUCUGUGGCCAACAUACGAUUUGGAGAUACAACUGUCAUAUUUGUAUUGUGGUGAAUUCUUCCAAAUGGCAUCACAUACAUACAUAGAUAUAACAUAAACACAAAGGAGUUGAAAACCAGUACCACCACUUGAAAUG